AUGGGUAAACCAGGCGUAGGUAUCCUCAGCCCCUUGAUACAGCGCGAUGGAAUCAACCACAGCGAUAUCACCACCAGCAUCCAUGGAUGGGUCGCCGCUGGAAGAGAUAGGGGGAGCAUCGACAUUCUCUGGUCGAGCCUGUUGACGAUCAUCCUUUGCGUCUGGGUCGCGACCCAUCCGAACGCUCUCUCGCCCAAAGACAAGUGGUACCAUGGUGUCUUUGACAAAAUCAACCUCGCGAUGAUAGGACUUUUGGGCCCAGAUUUCCUUUUCGGAAUUGCUGUUGGUCAGCUUUCCAGUGCUCGCCGGAGUGUCAAGCAAUUUCAAAAAGACAGUCACUUGUGUAGCGGAAAGAAAUGGACGUACACGCAAGCAUUCUUUGUUGACAUGGGUGGCAUAUUCCUCAAGAGCCCCGACUUUCCUGAAGGAUUCCCCAUCGACGCGGAGCAGCUGCAUUAUCUGGUCAAGCACGGCUUUGUCGAGUUUCCUGACAUGGAAUCCAUGGAUAUCUCGGAACGGAAUACGGUCGAUACUCUCUCAAGGCAUGCUUUCCUCCUCACUCACAGGCAUAAUGCACUUUGGUUCUUCAUCACAGAAAUGGACCGCGUCAGAAACGGAUUGCCCAUCACCGCUCUAGAAUUGACCGCGCUAUCCUUCACCUUCGCCAUGGUUGCGACAUUUGUUUGCUGGUACCCAAAGCCGGCGAUUUCUUAUCCCCGAUACAUCGAAACCAAAGUCUUGGAAGAAGGACAAGUGACUUUGGACCAAAUUCGUAGCUACGCCAGAUCUCAUACACACCCGCACCUUCCAACAGCAUGGCAUCGUACACCACUCGACGACAUCACUCCGCGAAUCUUCCGUAUAGACGCAUACUGGUGCUUCUACAAAAGGCUCGGCGACAUGAUGCAUCUUCAUCCUUACGGCCGACCAAUCAAACAGGAACUUUGGGACAGAUUUCCCUCUGACCUGUGGCGCCCCAUGGAACUGAUGUACUACCCUCUCGGAGGCGUCUUCAUCGUUGGCUUCAGCAUAACCUUCAUGAUCGGAUGGAACUUUCAAUUUCCUACACCGACGGAGCAGCUCAUUUGGAGGCUGGCUGCGUCGUACCACAUGUUUUUCUGUCUGUACGGGGCCUUUCACUGGCUUUACGAAGAUCAGAAAUGGCAUCGUGCGCAGAAGCGCCUGCAUGGCGUCGUCCAGUCGGCAGACCAAGUUGUUAACGCGGACGCCGAGGCUCAGAACCCGUCGCGGGAAGUGAAGGCCUCGCCGACUCGGGCAAAGGGUGUUGUCCAGCGAUUCAUGGCGCUGGUUCGGUCCGAGGUAAACAAUUCAGCGGAAAGGGACCCAACAAUGACGGUACCCUUGUUUGUGAUUAUCCCGAAUAUUCUCAUCUCUGGGCUGUAUGUCUCGUGCCGGUUGUACUUCUACGUGGAAGAUUUCGUGUCGCUUCGGGAGCAACCCAAGGGGAUUUAUUUGACUGGUAACCGGUUUCUCCCGUUCAUCGGGGAGACGUGGUAA